AUGGUCAUAUACCUGCAGAUUCUUAGUGUACAGUCCAUUGAGACAACACCGAGUCUUCUAUUGUCCACGGAAACAUGUCGUUUUCUAUUCAAUGUCGGUGAUGGGAUUCAACGUCUUUGUAUGGAGCACCACGUGCGACUUGCGAAACUGCAGCACGUUUUCCUGACUGAGUUACAAUCUCAUACACUGGGGGGUUUACCUGGUAUGGUGCUUACUGUAUCAGACACUGGCAAGGUGGGGUUACAUGUGCACGGACCUGUAGGUACGAAGAAGUAUCUGCAAGCCACCCGUCAUUUUUUCUAUCGUCCCAAGUUUCAACUAGAAGCAUCGGAAGUGCUGCUAAUUGAUGCUAAAGAAGAAGAAGAAGAAGAAGAAGAGAAGGAGAAGAUGAUGAAGAGCUGUUAUGAAGAUGAUGAGGUCGUGGUGUUUGCUAUAGCGAUAGCAAAACCUCGUGCCGGAACCAAACGAAAACUUGAUGACAGUCUGUCGUCCAUUCACGAGACGGACAACCACAUGAGUGUGAGUUAUAUGGUGGAAACAAGGACACAGAGAGGUAAGUUCUUGGUGGAUCAAGCAGUAGCAUUUGGUGUGCCAAAGGGAAAGUUAUUUGGACAAUUGCAUCAAGGAAAGGACGUGACGCUGCCCGAUGGUCGAGUCGUCAAGUCAAGUGACUGUGUCCUGCCGUCAAUGCCUGCUGCUGCGUGUAUGAUUGUGAGUUGUCCUACGACGGCGCAUGUGGAGGCAUUGAUCGGUAGUAACGGCUUUGACCGAUACCGAGAGAGAGAAGGAAAUCGUGCCCACGUCCAGGUGGAAGUCGUGUUUCAUCUUGGAGGUGGUGAAGUGCUACGUCACCCAAAGUAUGCGGAGUGGACACGAAGUUUUGGCAAUCAAGCACGACAUGUCGUGCUUGGACACGACGCGUGUGCGCAGAAGACGGUGUAUCGCGCUUCAGCAAUGCUGCAGGCGCAGAUGCACACUGUGUUUCCAAGCGCUUUCUCGUCAAACGAACAGCAUGAGCUGAGAGAUGCUUCUGUGCCUUUUUCACGUGCUGUGCCGGACGCCACCUCAUUGCAACUCACUGCCACCUCUAGCGAAGAACAAGAAGGCUCAAAUCCAGCAACAUCGAACGUGGUUCUUGGCGAAGGUAUGCUGAAAUUUGUGCUAGCUCCUCAAGCUCGCCGUGGUUUCGAUACAUCGAGUUGCUGGCCACGUCUUGAUUUUGACAUGAUUCGUGAGAGCGUUGCUUCGUCGGUGGAGAUCGUAACCAAGACAUUGACGAAAUCAGAGGCGAAUAAUCUAGACGAUGAUCUCAUCGAUGGUCGGAUCACGUUCCUCGGCACAGGCUGCGCCAUCCCUUCAAAAUAUCGCAAUGUCACUGGCAUGUAUCUUGAGUUACCCGUUGACAAGAAUGACGACAUGGACUCUGCUUGGGCAGGCUUGAUGCUGGACUGUGGCGAAGGAAGUCUAGGGCAGAUGUACCGCUACGCCGGCGGUGAUAAAAAGCGACUGCAGGAGCUGGUGGACCGCCUCAAAUGUGUCUGGAUCUCGCACAACCAUGCUGAUCACCACUUGGGUUUGCUUCGGUUGUUCAGUCAUCGCACCGACGGUGUAAACAUGGAACCGUUGCUCGUGAUCGGACCAACGGCACUUCGCUUUUGGCUCGACGAGUAUGCAGCCCUGGACCCGAUGGUGCGUGGUAAGUUCUCCUUUGUAGAGAACUACAGCUUUGAUGAGAACGACUCGCGCUUUACGGAAGUCGAGACUCAUGCAGAGGCAGCACGUGUUCGCGCCUGGCUACGAGAGACACUGCACAUUUCCCAGCUCGAGUGCGUCCCCGUGAAGCACGCACUUGAAUCAUACGCGGCUGUGGUGACUUUCGUCGAUGGUGCCAAGUUAGCGUUUUCGGGUGACUGCCGUCCCAGCGAUGAAUUGGCCGAGAAGGCGAUGAAUGCUUUCUUGAUGGUACACGAAGCUACUUUCGAGGAUGACUUGAGCAAGGAGGCCAAAGACAAAGCCCACUGCACAAUGGCUGAAGCUAUUGGAGUUGGUCGUCGAGCAAAAGCUCGUCACCUGGUGCUCACACACUUCAGCCAACGGUAUCCGAAGAUGGCAGUGCUCUCAACCUCAUGCGACGAAUCUGAUGUGGAUCAAACUCCCAUGGAGGUGCUAACAGCUAUCGACAUGCUGUCGCUGCGUUUCCGCGAGUUACGGCAACCACACUUGAUGGAAGUGUGCACGCAAUUGAUGACGCUGGAUGAUGAAGAAGCGGGGGAUAUCGAUGCCCAACUCUAA